UGUUACCGGUAUCUGGUUUACUAAACCUUCUGGUACUCAAUAUGAUCGCUGUGUCUGGUGCGUCUAUCAAGAAGGGUGUAGGAAUAAUGUUCAGCAAACAAUACCAGUGUACAGAUGAAUCUACCUUUAAUAACGUUCACUGGUGGUAUGACUGGCAUCAAACACCCAAUUUGAUUCACGGAUAUUAUCACUGUCCAACAACCGUUAGAUCUGGAUAUGUACCGAUGGUAAACGGCCAACAGUUUGAAAGAGGAAUCAAUAUAUCUGUAAACUCGCAAUUCCUUCUCGGGUUUAAUGAGCCUGAUCAUAAAGUACAAGCAAAUCUUACAGCAACUGAAGCUUCUGUUAUGUGGAAAGAAGUAGAAAAACAUGCUGCAGGGAAAACAUUGGUAAGUCCGGCUGUUACUGAUAUCAACUGGUUACAACAAUUUUUUCAGCAUUGCAACAAUUGCAGAGUUGACCACGUGGCAGUACAUAUUUAUAAAUGUAAUGCACACCAAAUCAUGGCAUACCUUAAACAAACAUGGGAUAGAUUCCACAAACCAAUCUGGCUUACUGAAUUUGCCUGCCCUCAUACUACAUCAGCUAAUGAACAGCUUCGAUUGAUGAGAGAGCUACUUCCACUUUUGGAGUCUGCGCCGUAUGUUUUUCGCUAUGCCUGGUUUACUAGUAGAUGGGUCUUCCAAAGUCAUACAUUUGUAGAUGGUUCAACAAGUCUGAUGAAAGAAAACUCAGCAGAACUCUCAGCACUUGGACAUUACUACAAUAAUUUUAUCACAACCAGGAAAUUCACGAACAUGCAGGUUUUUCUCAAUCCACGAAAAUUGUUACCAACGAUAAUAAAUGAAGCCACAGUAGACAAAGCACAUGUACGAAGAUUGUUGGUAGUGUAUAGUUCUUUAUGUUUAAUUAUACUUCAUAUCAUCAACUUUACUGAUGCAUCUAACAAGAAAGGUGUGGGAAUAAUGAGGAGCAAACAUUACCGGUGUUCAGAUGAAUCCACCUUUAAUAACGUUCAUUGGUGGUACGACUGGCAACAAUCACCUGAUCGUAUGCACCUUCGCCACCGUUGUCCGUUAAACGUUAGAUCCGGGUAUGUUCCAAUGGUAAAUGGCAAAAAUUUUGAAAGAGGAAUCAAUGUAUCUGCCAAUACACAAUACCUACUUGGAUUCAAUGAGCCUGACCACCCUGAACAGGGAAAUUUAACAGCAGCGCAAGCGUCGGUAAUGUGGAAAGAAUUGGAAAAACAUGCCGCAGGGAAAAUCUUGGUAAGUCCUGCAGUAACCAGUCUUGACUGGUUGCAACAGUUUUUUCAGCAUUGUCACAAUUGCAGAGUUGACCACAUAGCAGUACAUCUUUAUAGAUGCGAAGCACACCAAAUCAUGGCUUUUGUAAAGCAAGCAUGGGAUAGAUUCCAUAAACCAAUAUGGCUGACCGAAUUUGCUUGUCCACAUACUACAUCCGAAAAUGAUCAGCUUCGUAUGAUGAGAGAGAUUCUUCCACUUUUGGAGUCUGCACCAUAUGUAUUUCGUUAUGCAUGGUUUGCUAGUAGAUGGUUGAAACAUGUAAGUGAUGGCGCUUGGGUAGAUAUAUCAGCAUCUCUGAUUAAAGAAAAUACUUCAGAACUUUCAGCACUUGGACAUUAUUAUAAUAACUUUAUGCAUUAA